AAAUGAUAUCUCCACUACCUUAUUGUCCGCACUAUUUAAGAAAUUGUGAUAAGAAAGCUCCUUGUUGUGGUAAAUUUUAUCCCUGUAGACUUUGUCAUAAUGCCAAUUAUUAAGGACCAAAUUCUGAUGGAUGCAAAACAGAAAUUAUGGAUCGAUAUAAUGUUACUAUAAUACGAUGUAGAAAAUGUUUAUUUGAAUAACCACCAACUAAUUAAUGUGAAUAAUGUGGAAUUUAAUUUGCUAAAUAUUUUUGUUCUAUUUGUAAAUUAUAUGAUGAUGAUCCUAAUAAAUAAAUAUAUCAUUGUGAUGAAUGUAAUAUGUGCAGAAGAGUAAUUAUCCUAUAUAAUUAUUCAGGGAAUUAAAGAAGAAUAUUUUCAUUGUAAGCUAUGUGGCAUCUGUUUAUCUAAAUUAAAUUAAAAUACACACAAAUGUUUAAAUCAGGCUGCCGAUAAUGAUUGUCCUGUUUGUUUAGAAAAUCUAAAAAUUUCUACAAAUUUUAUAAUGCAAUUACCAAAUUGUGCUCACUUCAUUCAUAUAGCAUGCUUCAAAUAACUAAUUAAAUCUAAUCAUAGAAAUUGUCCAUUAUGUAGCUUUCCUAUUUCUGUAAAUAUUUUAUUUAUUCAAAAGAAAAUGACUAAAGAGGAGAUUGAACAUUAUGAUAAAUUAGCUGAAGAAACCAAAAAUUUAUUACCUGCUUCCAUUUCAAAUUUAAAAGUUUCUAUUUAAUGUUUUGAUUGUCGAAAAAUUUCAAAUGAAAUCUCUUUUAAUUAUUAUCUAAAAUGUAGCCAUUGUGGUUCAUACAAUACAAAAUAAUGA